AGUUUCAAAUGAAGUUGAAAGUGUGGUAUUUGAAGAGAAGCGCGCGCAGGAAGCUGCUCGGCUGUAUUUCUGUUGGCUGAGUGCAGACCCUGCCCUGAUUGCCUUAUAUCCAUGUCUAUUGACGUGUAGAGAGCAGAUGGAGGCAGAGGGACUGAUCUGAUCUCUAGUCCUCAGAGGUCAUUCUCGCUACAGUUACAGCCACUUGUUGCCAAAUCGCUGAGACCGCGAGCGCGUCGCGAAACCGCUUUCAUAAAGAGCUAUUUCUUUGCUUUCACGACACAGAUCUAGAUGUUGAGACGGGAAUACAAACACUUCUGACUUUGUUUGGGGGAAAAAGGUCACUUUUGAGCAAAUUCGUCGCAUUUGACGGGAGAAGCAUGGUUGACAACACAAGCAUAGCAACUAAAUCUGCACUGCAAGCCGCUUUCUCGUCGGCGAGCACUCUUCCUCUGCUGGUCAGCUCCUCCAGCGCCCACAGUCAGUCGAGCGGCGGCGGCGGGAUGAAGCUGGAGGCGGUCAUGGAGAACCUGCAGCGACAGCAGGCGGCUCGACUCGCCCUGGAGGAGAAGAUCCGCCAAGCCGAAAAAGAGAAAGACAUCAGGUCUAUGGUGGAGUCGCAGAUUCAUCAACAAGCUCUGGCUUUCCGCCACUAUCAAGCAGCUGUCAGGGGAGCGUUCGCUGCGGGAGCUCCGAACUCGAGCUCCGGCCACCCAAAUGAGCGCACAGCCGACUCCGACAUCGAUGAUGAUGAUGAUGAUGAUGCUGACCUAGACUUGGACCGCGGCAUGGAUGACGAAGAGCGCGACUUGGAUGAAGAUGACAGUAUGAACGAGGGUGGAGGGGAUGAAGAUUUGGAAGGACCCCUAGCUCACUACCCACCGCGCCAUGCUGUUUAUCCCGGUGCGGGGCAGUCUCCAAAAAGUACCCCGAUACAUCUAUCCAGAAUCCAGCCUCCCUAUCCAGGUCCAGGACAGGUUGAAUCACCGAGUGGUUUGGCACCACAAUCACAAUCGCAGCAGCACGAAUGGACUUAUGAGGAACAGUUCAAACAGUCAGGCCAAGGCAGCGGGCCAGGAAGGAAGCUGAAAGAUUCGAGUGUUGCUUUCGGUGGCGGUGGCUCUUCUCUGAUUCAGGAGCUAUACGAACUGGACGAUGAUGAGAAAAGGAAGGAGUUUCUUGACGAUCUCUUCAGUUUCAUGCAAAAAAGAGGGACUCCAGUGAAUCGGAUUCCUAUCAUGGCCAAGCAGGUGUUGGAUCUCUACACUCUCUACAAGCUUGUCACCGAAAAAGGCGGCUUAGUGGAAGUCAUCAAUAAGAAAAUAUGGCGCGAGAUUACCAAAGGCCUGAACCUUCCUACCUCCAUCACCAGCGCGGCUUUCACCCUCCGAACACAGUAUAUGAAGUACCUCUAUCCUUAUGAAUGUGAAAAGCGGGGACUGAGCUCUCCCGGGGAGCUUCAGGCAGCUAUCGACAGCAAUCGUCGGGAAGGGCGGAGACAGAGUUAUGGCUCCACCCUCUUCAACUACUCCCCUGUGGGCACCCCCACACUGCUGUCUUCCCCCAAACUCCAGAUGCCCCACAUCAGCAUGUCCAACGGCGGGCACAUGACUCAGACCUCUGUUAUCAAGAAUGAGGACUCAAUGCUGUCCAGCUGCCUGACUAACAGGGUGGGCAUCCCUGUGUCUUUGGCCAGCCACCACAGUGCGGCCCAGGCUGCAGCGGCUCAGGCUGCAGCUGCAGCAGCUGUACAGGCGGCCACGUUGGAGCAGCUACGGGAGAAGCUGGAGUCUGGAGAGCCACCGGAGAAGAAAGUGAUGCUCAUGGCAGAGGAGCAGCAGAGGAUAAUGCAGCAUGCGUUGCAGCAAAAUCUGUUCGCCAUGGCAACCCAGCUACCCAUGAACAUCAAACUGAACAACAGAGAUGAUAGACAAGAGACUGCAUUGAACCUGUCUACCAACGGCAUUAGCAGCAUCAACAUGUCAAUAGAAAUAAAUGGGGUUGUCUACACAGGGGUCUUGUUUGCCCGUAAGCCAGCCAUUGGUUUCAUGCCAGGCAGCCAGCGAGUCCAUCACCAACACAGCUCUCAGGGAAAGAGCAGCAGCCCAGGGCUCAGCACCCAGAUGCAGCCGUCCUCCUCCUCCUCCUCCACCGCCUCCUCACACGGACCAGCCACCUCCCCUUGAGCCCACAACACCUCUCUCACUCAACUCUCCCCCGACGUCAGAUAAGGCAGGGUCUUUAGGUCAUACUGUUGGACCAGUUUUUUCUGUCUCCUUCAAUGUACAAUGUACAAUUUUUACUGUUUUUCUAACCCUCCCCCUGCAAUCAGGACAAGGAGUGUCCAUCACCGAAAAAACUUCCAUUAAAAUUAAAGGCUGAGCACCUGCAGCUGACAGCCGCACUUUUGAAAUGUGUUACAUUUACAUAUGCAGCAAGUUGCAGCUUGUAAUUUUGUUCUUCUGAGGACGUGUUAUUCAUUGUGGAGUGACUAAAACGUAUUGCGUGACAAUGCCAUGAACACAAGGAGCGGUGUGACGCUCGAGGGGAUGGGAUGUUCCUCAGACUGAGCGCUGGCCUGCUUGAAUGUUGCAUCAAAGCAAGAUUCUUCACUCUCCUACACAGAUCCUUCAUUUUUGGCACAGGAGUCCUUCCUCUUCAUCUUUACUCGUUGCAUUCUUGAAUUAAACAGCAAGAGCUAUUAUCAGCUAUUACCAAAGAGAAUAAGAGCAACCUAUUAGAUUAAUGCCGUUUUAUCACAACCAUCACACAUAUCAAAUGUCAUUGCAAACUAUCAGAAAAAAGCUAUGGAAAGUCACCAAAAUGAAUUCA